CUCCUCCCGUGCACAGCAGGAAUGUGAAAUGCACCUGAACUCGUUCCUGCAGGAGGAAGAGUGAGUAAAGUAUGUCGCCAACCAACCAACCCACCUGUUCCGGGACAUGAGUUCCCAUGGUAGGACUGAGGAAGACCAUUAUACCAUUCAUACCUCUAACUCCACUUCCCCUGUGGCGUUGGUUGAUCAUAAAAAACUGAAGCAGCCGGUAGAAGUUGGACAACAAUGGAGUGCUGCAUGUCUGCCGAGGACGCAGAGAGACACAGGAUACACAGAUCAAUAGAGCAACAGCUCCGUCGUGAUGAGAAAAAGUCUUGCCGGGAGUUUAAGCUGCUGCUGUUAGGGACUGGUGAAAGUGGGAAGAGCACUUUCAUCAAACAGAUGAGGAUCAUCCAUGGCAGUGGAUACAGUGAAGCCGACAGGAGGGGUUUCACUCGGCUGGUGUUUCAGAACAUUGUCACAGCCAUCCAGGCUCUGAUCCACGCCAUGAGGACGUUACAGAUUGACUACAUCGACGUGCACAACACUAGCCGCGCGGACAAGCUGAGCACAGUGGACGCAACCAUGGUGUCCGCUCUGCAGCCUUGGCAGGUGGAUGCCAUAAGGAAAGUGUGGAAUGACCACAGUGUUCAAAGGUGCUACGACCGCAGGAGGGAAUUCCAGUUAUCUGACUCUGCCAAAUAUUACCUGAGCGACUUGGACAGAAUCACAGGCCUGUUUUACAUCCCGACCCUGCAGGACAUCUUGAGGGUCAGGGUCCCCACCACAGGCAUCAUAGAGUACCCCUUUGUCCUUUCCAAAGCUAUCUUCAGGAUGGUGGAUGUGGGUGGUCAGCGUUCAGAGAGGAAGAAAUGGAUCCACUGUUUUGAAAAUGUCACAUCCAUCAUUUUCCUGGCGGCCCUCAGCGAGUAUGACCAAGUGCUUUAUGAAAAUCCAAAUGACAAUCGACUGAAAGAAAGCCUCGCCUUGUUCAAGACCAUUCUUUCAUACCAGUGGUUCCAAGAGACCUCCACCAUCCUCUUCCUGAACAAAACAGACCUGCUCGAAGAGAAAAUCUCACAGUCCCAUUUGGCAACUUACUUCCCAGCCUACAAAGGGCGUCGGAAUGAUGCUGAAUCUGCCAAAAAGUUCAUCCUGCAAAUGUACGAGGAGAAUCACCGAGGACAUGAGAAACACCUUUACACGCACUACACCUGUGCCACGGACACCCAAAACAUCCGCAUCGUCUUCAAAGACGUCAAAGACACACUCUUCAGAGAUAUCCUGAAAGGGUUCAACCUCGAGUAAAAGAGGCCAGGGGACAAAGCGAUUCCUUUCACCUUUAGGAACAAGAAAGUCACAUGGUGUAACAGGUUCACGGACAUUUUCUCUUUUAUGUGCUGUUGGCCCUCAGACAGCACUGUCAGGUAACAUGUUUAUGUCAGUACUGUAAAACACUGACAGUUUGUGUCUGUGCCCUGUUUUUCAACACAGUUCAUCACACAGUUUAAUAUUGGGUAUUUAUAUUUGCUACAGGAGGGAAAUGGACACCUGCAGUGUUGGUUAAUGUUUCUACAGAAGUGUUACUAUUCUAACAUUAUUCUCUGAGAAUCAGCCAACGGUAGCAAACCGGUUUGACAGAGUCUGAUUUAUCAAGAAUUGAAGCCACUCUGCAUUGCUACAUUGGGAGGAGCAAAAAAAAGGAUUGUCUACUGGGAAGUUCAGUGUCUUAAGUUUUAUUUAUACUUUAUAAUAUAGUGUGCAACAACAACCACAAGCAUGUAGGCUGUGAAACAAUCACUUAAUACAUAUUAAACCAAAUGCAUGUUUUUAAACAAA